AUGCUCAAAUUCCCCGAGAAACGCAAUGACUGGAGUCUAGAUAUUGUUAGCUUGCUCGCCGUCAUUGGCGAAAGCGCCAUGUCGGCACAUUCCCAACCGCUAACGGCUUCAAUUCUUUGUCUGCUACCUCGUAUCCUGCCUGCUCCUCAGGCGCUUUUAAGACACGAAAGGCCAACCCGCCUCCCCUCCAUUCCUGCACAUAUUGUGAGCAUCCACUCCGGCACUCUCCUCGUGGAGCUUAACCAUUUUGCAAAUCUCCUCUACAGCAUCGAUCUUCCUAGCUUCAACAUUAGAGAGAUCCGGAUCAAACAUCGAGAAGGCUACAAGGAAACGCUCCGCGACGAGAAAAAUCUUAGAAAUCGUGUUCUUAGAACGCCAAAGGGUGUGAUUCAUGCCAGGCGUUUUUCGCCCCUAUCCAUCCUAUCAGUUGCAUCAUUCUUGCUAUCUAUUGGCCUGUGUGUAUGGGCUGUUAUCCUCGAGGAUGGCGUCGCAGUUGUUGCGAUCGUGGUGGUGUCAUUAACGUCUAGUAUCAUUGGAUUAUCCUCCAUGUGGCACGCAAAUUUGACGGUGCGGAAACGCAAAACGGUUGUGCCGGACGGUGAUCUGGUUGUCCGGACGAGACAGGGAGCAUUCAUCAUCAUACGGUGUACGGAAGAGGUCGCCCGCGAGCUCUACACAGGUACAGAAGAAUGUAGCUACGUCGUCGGCGACCAGAUAUUCCGCGCCCUAGUUGGGGUAGGCACAUUCCUGCUUAUGAGCGCUGUCAUCCUGAUGGGAAACUCUACUUGGACUAUGCAAGCGGCACUCGGCGGUUCAUACGUCUUCCUGAACGGUUGCUAUCAGAUCGCCGCACUGUUCCCCAAAGGCUGGCAUUGGAAUCUUAUACGUUAUGAGAUGGAAGAGAUCAGAAGCAUGGAAGGUAAUACAUACACGCAAGCACUGUGGAAGGCCAUUCAUGUUUCACAGUCCACCGACUGGGUGCGGGUGAGCCAUGCAGCUCCCAACUCCGAAGCAUGGAGGGCGUGGAUCGAUCUAGCCGCGGAAAAUAUACAUGAUCCAAAUUGGGAUGCGCAGAAGGUGUUGGACGACCUGCUAAAUGCAGAGAUGAACGAGGCUGGAUUUCAACCUGUAAAAAUGGGUGUUGUGAGGGAGGAAUCACUCUCACCUAAAAGUGAUGAGAAAUGA